AUGGAGCAAUUAUUGAUGGUAGCAAUGGAAGAGGAAGGUGUGAUACAAAUUGUGGAGGGAAGUAUGGUGGUGAUUGUAGGUAGAAGAGGUUGUUGUAUGAGUUAUGUUGCUAGGAGAUUGUUAGAAGGAUUGAAAGCUUAUCUAACGAUGUGUGAAGUUAGUGAAGAAUUUGUAGUAAAGAUAACAUUACCGCAUAAUAUUGAAAAGAUUUUUAGUGGAGAUGAAAAGACUUUGGUUGCACCGAUGUGGGGGGAUAUUGGUUGGGGGUUUCGAUUGCUAAUAGCUAUUCAUGUCUCUGGCGAGCUUAUUUCCAAGUUGAAAACAGCUAGUGCUAUUUGGCUUUGA